AUGGCGGAAACUCUUCCCAGAGACAUCUUAGAUAACAUAUUUUCUCGCUUACCAAUCAAAUCCGUCUUGCGGUGCAAACGAGUUUGCAGACCUUGGAGAACGAUCAUCGGCAACAAUGUAGGUCUCCUUUUAACGUUUCAUACUAUACCGAAGACGACCAGCCAUCGUGUGACAGAACCCUACUACGGUGAUCCCAAAUACGAAACUAAGGUCGAGGAGUAUUAUUCUAAGAAUACACUUACACCGUUAAAGGCUGUUUGGGAAGCCUAUGCCAUGAUUGGUUCAUGCAAUGGUUUGGUAUGCUAUAAAGCGAUAAAUCAUUCAAAAUAUUCUAAUGAUUAUCUUAAUUUUAUAUGUAAUAAUCCCAUAACUGGAGAGGCUGCUUAUAUUUCUGUAUCGGAGAACCAAGGGCGGUAUUUUAGAAGUCCGGUGGGUGGUUUCGGUUACGUUGGUUCAACCAAUGAGUACAAGGUUGUUCGAAUCCACUUCAAGUACUGGGGGGGAAUUGUUCAGGUGUACACUCUUGGGAGUCACCUUGGAUGGAGAGACAAAGGAAAUGUCCCUCCCCUGAGUCCCAUUUUCUCAACUAAAGAGUCAGGUGUCUUUGCUAACGGAGCCCUUCAUUGGAUUAAUGACUGUGAACAAAUAUUAGUAUUCGGUUUGGCUGAUGAGGAAUUUUGUUUCAUCCCAUCCCCUCCUUAUUAUACUUAUAAUAAUAACUGGCUAUAUUCUAGUUUCAAACUCAUCCUACUUGGAGGUAAUUUAUGUGUUGUUCAUUCGAACUAUGAAUUUACAAGUAGACGGCUAGAUAUAUGGGUGCUUAAGAAGAAUAUCGGUACUAGUUGCGGCAAUGCAAAAAGAAAACGGCGAGAGAACUACUACGACCAGACAUGGAGCUGGAGUAAAGAGUACAGUAUAACAUGGGAAGGUGAAGUCAUGUACACACCGUUUGUUGUUACAAAGCUGAAUACAAUUCUAUUGUGGCAAAAUGGAACGAGUGAUCUCUACUAUUAUGAUCCGAAGACGUCAAAGUUGCAAAGAUAUUGUGACGGAUACCGCGGUUAUGUGUAUGAUCAAGCAAUUCCUCACAUGAACAGUCUUGUUUCGCUGAAAGAGAUCGGAGAAACUUCAUAUAAAUACAAGAAGAUGAUGCUUGGGUGGACUUCGGAGCUCAGUACAGAGAGUAAGUCAGCUCUGGUCAACGUUUAA